CAAUUAUUCUGCGUUUUGUGGUGACAGUGUGUCUGAUGAUACGCAAGUGUGGAAUUCCGGUGACAUUGCGUGCGAGAUUGGGGAUUCUCCAAGGAAUGUUUGCAAGGCUACCGUUCUCGACAAAAUCCUGAAGACCAAUGGGUGAAAAAUAUAAGGAACGGCUGUUGCAGUUAGAAAGAGUUUUAUUGCUAGAGAACGCGGAAAUAGAUCUGGGCGACUUGAGACUCAGCUGCAGUUUUGGUGUUCCUGACUCCUUGCGACCGUUGUGUUGGCGUCUACUUCUCGGUUAUCUACCUGUGGAGCGACAACAGUGGCCCGCGUAUCUUCGAAAGCAACGUGAAAUUUAUAGCAGCCUUGUUGAAGAUGUGAUCGUUCAUCCUGGCCAGUCGUCUAUAGCGCCAGACCAUGAAACUACCGCAGAUCAUCCACUAAAUCUCAAUCCAGACAGUCGAUGGAAUAAUUAUUUCAAGGACAAUGAAGUAUUGGCUCAAAUAGAUAAGGAUGUUCGGCGACUUUGCCCAGAAAUCGAUUUUUUCCAAAGAAUUACUUCUUACCCACAUAGGUCAGCAGCAAAAAUCAAUUUGUCACGUCGUAUUCGACAAGAGAACCUUUAUUCUGAAGUUUUACCAAGCAGUCACUUUAAUGCAGGGAAUUUUAUUGCCUUACCAGCUAAAACAGCUAGCAAAGAAUAUUCCAAUGUCGUUGACGAAAAUGUUGAAUACCAUUGGCAGGUGGUUGAAAGAGUGUUAUUCAUGUAUAGUAAACUUAAUCCAGGAGUGAAAUAUGUGCAGGGAAUGAAUGAAAUUAUGGGUCCAUUGUAUUACGUAUUUGCAAGUGAUGCAGAUGACGAAUGGGCAGAAGAGGCUGAAGCGGAUACAUAUUAUUGUUUCCAAUUGCUGAUGAGCGAGAUUAAGGACAAUUUCAUUAAAACUCUGGACAGUUCCAACUGUGGCAUUGAGUCACUUCUGGCUGAAUUUAAUGAAAGAUUGAGGAGUUGCGAUCCUGAACUGUAUAAUCAUCUGGUCGAUAUGGGCAUUAAGCCGGAAUUCUAUGCAUUUCGCUGGCUUUCUUUACUUCUCUCACAAGAAUUCUCUCUACCAGAUGUUAUUAAUAUAUGGGAUUCGUUAUUUUCCUCACCUGAUCGUUUACGAUUUCUCCACUGGAUAUGCUUAGCGAUGAUGGAGAAAGUCCGUGACUUGCUGCUUGAAGGAGAUUUUACAGCAUGUUUGGAAAUGCUACAGAAUUAUCAUGAAACUGACGUCGGAGAAUUGAUUGUGAUUGCUCACAAAAUGAACGAAGGGUGCUACUGUUUCAAAAACUCGUGUAGAGACAGCACAAAAAGUGCUUUUUCGAAAUUGGAAAUAAAUCCUACUGUAAAACUUGCCAGUGCCUUCAGUAAUGUUCUAAGGACAUUGUCAAAGAAAUAGUAAUUUGCUACCACCGUUCUUUAACAUCGCUAUUUAUUUCUUAGUGAUAAUGUUUUUGGAGGAUUCAAAUAUUCCUAAUCGAGAAGGAGAAACAUUUCGAAUGAACUAAUAAACAAAUAGUAAUCUGCAUAAUCAGUACGAAAUGCUGGUAUAUCUCUGCCGUGUGCCAUAUGUGUGUUCCUCAUGAAUAUGGAAUAAAUCUUAUGCAGUG